CGAUUUUUUUACUAAUAUACUCACACAUUUGCGUUAUAUCGAUAAUAUACGUAUGCAUGUGUUAAAAAUGGUCAUAGUUAAAAAAAACCCUAGCUUAUAUUUCUACACAGGCAACCUUGAUAUAGUUUAACAAAUAUACAUACAUACAAGUGUACAUAUUUUCUGGAUUAUUAAGGGUCGCUGAUGAUGUGGUUAGUACUUAUUGUUUUCUGUUUAUAAGGAUUUCUUUAGGUUGCAAACAUAAAAACUCAGGCAUAAAAUCGCUAGUACCUGCGUUAAUCACUUGCGCUAAAAAAGUAUAAAAUAGGGUUUACCAGUAUUACGGAUUCUAUCAUGCACGUAUGAUUCGAAGUGAAAGGACGUUUCUGUUUAUUUUGUGGAAAUAAAAAAAUAAAAUCAAAGUGAAAUGGCAGAUGGUGAAUGGCUUACUCCACGACAACUAAGCGCACUUUCGUACGAAGAACAGCAAGCAUAUAUUCGUCAAACGCUUGAAGAGAGCCAAGAAGAAAUAAGUGACCACGAUUCAGUAGUUGGUGACGAGGCUUUAGAUCAGUGGUCGGCAACUUAUACAAUCAAACAAUUUAUUUUGUGAGAGUGUAUGCGUGUUGAGAGCUACUCAACUGACCAAGAGUUCUGUUCUACUGGUCCAGUACUUUUUUAGAACGGGUGAAAUUAGGACCAAUACUGGUUUCCUAACAAUAAUUUUUAUAGUGUACAUUAGCUUAACACAUACAAUCAAUUGUUUUUACUGCGAAGAAAUAUUUAUGAAAACAUUAUAAAGCAGUAAACUUUAUGUAAAUUACAUUUUUUACAAAACAAAAAUCGAUAGUACUAUGCACUUCGAAUUAAACACACAAUUAUUAAUUAUAUUAAAAACAUUUUAAAUUGCGAAUGAAGUUGGAAAAUUAAUCGUCGUUUUUUUAUGAACUGACUUGCAAAAAUAAUAAAAAAUUAAUAAUCUAAAUAGAAAUAUAAUAACAUACAUAAAAGCAUUGUCUUUUGUGUUCAUACAUGCCUGCGUACAAUACACCAUACGUCCUGCUCGCUGUGAAGUCAGCAGCAACUGACCUGGCAUCGUGUCUAUGGUGUAAAAAUGAUUGCAAGUGCGUGUGUUUCACACUUACACUCAGUGUGCGCUCAGAGAGCGCUCCCCGGGCAAUGGGCUGCCAAUCACUGCUUUAGAUGAAUGUGUAGGUGAUAUUGGUGCUGAUGACUCAGACUUAGAAGAGCCCACGUUACCAGAAUAUGACACAGAGGACGACAGUGAUUCUGAUGAAGAACUUGAAGAUGCACCAAUUGAAACUGGGGAAUAUUUUACUGCCAGAGAUGGUAAUGUUUGAUCUUCGAUACAACCACAACCUGUAAGAUUCUGUACGCACAACAUCCUAAGAAGUGCACAAUCUGGACCAGUACGGGCAACGCAAGGUUUGACCAUUUCAGAAACGUUCAAAUUGAUAAUGUCAGACGAAAUAUGCGACAUAAUUAUUCGUGAAUCAAAUCGAAAGGCAAGGCAAUUCUUUGAUGAUGACAAUGCAAAACAUCCAACAAGAGAACCGAGAUCAUGGAGUCGCAUAACAGAAAGUGAAUUUGAUGCAUAUUUGGGCGUACUUUUGCUAAGUGGCGUUACACAUUCUGGUUACGUGCAUACGAAAGAUUUGUGGAAUACUAAAUCACAUUCAUUAUAUCGUGCUGCAAUGAGUGUACGACGAUUUUGGGAAAUUAGCCGCUUCAUUCAUUUUGAUAAUGGAAAGACACGCCAGCAACGCAAACAAACUGGCAAAGCAGCAGCAAUAUCGGACGUUUUUUUGAUGCUUAACAGCUGUCUUCGUAGAUAUUACUUGGCAGGAGCCAACAUCACCGUAGAUGAAAAAUUGUAUGCUUAUCGUGGUGGAACUGGCUUCACGCAAUACAUACCAUCAAAACCUGCCAAAUAUGGGAUAAAAGUGUGGUGGGUGUGCGACUCCAUUUCGUCCUAUCCAUUACAGGCACAAAUCUAUACAGGAAUGGCACCGUCUGGUGAACGUGAAAGAAACGUUGGUGAAAGAAUAGUCAAAUAGUUAUGUAUCAACCUUUUUGAUGGAAGUGGAAGAAAUAUUGUAUGUGACAACUUUUUCACUAGCUACAACUUUGAUGAUAGACAAUAAUUUAUCUAUAUUGGGUACUUGCAACAAAAGGCGUACAUUCGUGCCAGCAGCAUUUGCCAACCCCAAGGGACGUGAGGCUGAAUCGUCAAUGUUUGGGUUCUAUAAUCACGUUACGAUGUGCUCGUACGUGCCCAAGAAAAACAAGGCAGUUGUAUUAUUGUCCACUUCUCAUUAUACAACAGAAACGUCUGGUCCUAAGAAGAAGCCAUUGCUUAUAUUGGACUACAACAAAACCUAAGGUGGAGUUGAUAGCAUGGACAUGUGCUUGUCCGAAUAUAGUACCAAGCGGCGCCCAAAUAGAUGGCCUUUGUCUUUCUUUUAUAAUAUUGUGGACGUUGCUGCGUUUGCUGCAUACAUAAUAUACGUUGACAACAACACUCACCUGAAGUCAUAUACAAGCCGCAUUAGGAUGUUUCUCCAUCAGCUAAGUGAGCAACUAUGCAAGCCAGAAAUAGAGAGAAGGGCGAAUAACAGCAGAAUAUCCAGAGUUUUUUCAACGCGCAGUGCCAUCGAAGCCAUGAUAGGUAGGCCCAUCCGAGUUGUGGAUGCUGGAGCACAUGAAGCGGAGGAGCGUGAUAGUACGGGACGCUUAAAAGUAAAGGGGAAUUGCUACAUCUGCUCCAAACGACGCCCUACUCGUAAAGCAUGCACAUUAUGCAACAAACCAGUGUGCGCAGAGCAUUCCAAAGACUUGCCGCAAUGCGAUAGAUGUAAUUGAAUUUCAAUAAUUUUAAAUUUUU